AUGAGCACAACACAAAACUGCAUUUAACUUGUCAACGAGGAUUCAAUAUUCUCUACUAGCAAAAAGUUUACAUUAUCCAGCACUGAAAGACCUAUGUGCUAAAUUUUAGGUAAGAUUUUCUACUGUGGAGAAAAAACUAAUGAAUUGCUUUAAGAAGAAUUAAGCUCCCUUGUUUUUUUGUCAUACAAGAAAAAUAUGAAAGAGUUUUAGUAUUUAUCUACCACUAUUACUACAGAUAAUGGCUGGGGUUGCUCAUUACGUACUUCUUAAAUGAUGCUAGCUCAAGGCCUUAAGCGCCACCUCUACGAAAAAAGAGUAUAGUCAUUUAUUUACAACGAUAAGACUAAAUUGGAUUUCUAACACUUAAUUAUGAUGUUUGCUGAAAGUAAUUCUCUUGAAAACAUGGACUAGUCUCCUUUUGGUUUCCAUUCUCUUUUAACUCAAGCUAUAAACUUAUUUUAAGUUCCUUUAAAAUAACAAUACACUCCAGUUUAGGGCAUAAAGGCUCUCAAAUAGUAAUUUAAGUAAUAAAAGUUAGUCAAGAGCCUUAAAAUAGUAACCUCAAGUACCGGUGUUAUAUUUUAAGAAGACAUCCGCUAAAAGAUGAAAAACUGGGAAAAAAGUCUUCUACUUAUUUUGCACUUUAAAUUAGGAACUGGAAAAUUAAAUUAAAUAUAUGUAGAAUAAAUUAAAUCCUUAAUGGAUUUAGAGUAUUUUGUAGGUGCUAUUGGUGGAAUAAAAAACAAAAGCUUAUUCAUGGUUGGAUACAUGAAUGAUUAAUUUUUAUCUCUCGAUCCUCAUGUCUAACAGGUAAAUAAUUUAAAAUUAAUUCAUACUAACAAUUAUACUAAAUUAACUUUUAUAAUUAGAAUGCAUGCAAAGAUCCAUUGA